CCAAUCACGGCAAGUACGUGGAGAUUAAAGGCCAUAAGUGGUACUGCAAGUACAGGAACUCACAGCACAACUGUUCCCUGUGUGAAAUCACCCGCAAGAAGCAAAUCUUUGCGGCGAAACAUCAUCAGAUCACGCGGAGACAGCAUAUGCAGGAGCAGCAGCAACAACAGCAGCUACACGUACAGAACCGACCGACGGAUGAAGCAUGUCUGGAGGGUUAUGCUCAGGUCGGCUUACCAGCUACACCGACUUCAGAACACAUAGAUUUCCCCCGCAUAAAUGAGCUGGUGGAGGAGACAGCAUUCAUCCUGGAGGACGAGAAUUUCUUCCGCGAGAUCACCGAGGAAAACCUCGUUUAAUGCCUCUCAACGUUGAUUAUCUACAACUCUCCCUAAUCCACUUGUAUGGUCCUGCAGAGGAGUCGAAGACCUGUAUAGGGUGGCGGCUUCAUCCGGUGCCAAAUCCAGGUGUCUUCAUCUGCUUGUUAGUGACUCACAACGCGACAACCUGCCGUGCAUUCCAGACUGUGUAUCGCUACAUAUGGUCCAUUAUGUUUUGACGAGAGUUUUGUAGAGUAUUCCCUGCAAUGUUUGGCGGAAAAAGAUAACAGUGUCAGGAAGAGGUACCAAGCCGACAAUUCCCGAUUAGUAAGUAGACCAAGACAAUAGCGUCGAUCCACGAAAAACUCUCGGUCACUGGAUUUCUUGCCAUAAAGACGACAACAGCACUCUUAUCUCUUAUAACAGGUCAGCAAUAGGUCCUUCAAGAGAUGAAACCAACAUAAAGUCAGCCUGGAUGUCCCGCACCUUCAGGAGUUUAUGCUGAUCAGCUGAUGGUUCGUUUAAAUAGCUAAAUCCAAUUCCGUUAUGUGAAACUGUGUGGGUUGAUGGUGUGGUGGUAGUGAAAGGAUGACAGCUACUUGUCGCACUGGAAGAUGAGAUAGGCGCCAGUUACACGAGCAACUUCUUCAUAUAAACAUUAAAUAAAUGUUUGAAAUCACACCGAUUACUU